AUGGAGACCCAAUUGGCAUUUUUCCAGCCGUUCAGGUCUGCUCUCUCCCUCAUUAUCCGGCAUCCCAACCUUCUCUUCAUCUCCCUGUUCGUCUUUCGAUACUUGAGAUUUGUUGUACACGUGUUCAGUUAUUUUCGCUAUCGUCCAUCACCGCUCUCCAAGCAUCCAAGACUGAAGCGGAAAGAUUGCACUGUUGUUAUCCCAACUUGCUGCCCAGAGGCGCCAGCCUUCAGCCGUUGCAUCGCAUCAAUCGUGCAAAACUCUCCCAAAGUGAUACAUAUUGUCGCGGUGGGUAAAGAGCAAGAAAAGCAGGCAUGGUCAAUCAUAGCCCCGUUCAUCAGCGGCUAUCCACACAUUCACUUCAAAGUAUCACAUUCCGACGAGGCGAACAAGCGAUGCCAGGUUGCGCUUGCCAUUGCCUCUAUCACAACCCAUAUUACCGUUCUAUGCGACGACCAUGUGGUCUGGGCGUCACUCAGCUUCCUCCGCGCCGCGCUCGCACCCUUCGAGGAGGACCGACGAGUCGGAGGGGUAGGCACAAGGAAGCAUGUCAUCCGCCACUCAGGCAUCGGCCUCUUCCGCGGGUUCUGGAACGUCAUGGGCGCGUUGUACCUGGAAAGACACAACUUUGAGCAUAGAGCGUCGAACGCCAUUGACGGCGGCGUCGCGGUGAUUAGUGGCCGCACCAGUCUCUACAGAACCACCAUCCUCCAGGAUCCAGCGUUGUUAGCCGGCUACCUCAACGAAACCUUCUUCUUCGGUCUCCUCGGUCCUUUGAAUGCAGAUGACGACAAUUAUCUAACACGAGCCUUGGUCAAGGGAAACUGGAAGAUAAAAUUCCAGGACACCAGCGAUGCUCUGAUCUUGUGCGAUGUCGGAGUGUAUCCCAAAUUCCUCAAGCAGUGCCUUCGAUGGGCACGCACCACAUUCAGAAGCAACCUGUGCUCGCUGAUUACCGAUCGAUCGGUCUAUCAAGCUCAACCAUGGUCUGUUUACGCGCUUAUGAUCAGUCAAAUGGUGAAUUUCGCGCUCUUCUACGACGGCGCCAUGGUGUGGACGCUGACUCGAACAGAUUUCUGCUCUCGGAGUGUUCUGAAGGCAUUAUGCGUUUGGAUCCUUGCCUCGAAACUUCCGAAACUAUUGCCCUAUUUCUGGCGCCAUCCACGGGAUCUGAUUUAUCUCCCUACAUACUACCUCUUCGCCUACUUCCAUUCAUUGAUCAAGCUGUGGGCUCUGUUGACAUUCUGGGACGUUCAGUGGUCGGGGCGAGAUUUGGCGAGCAUCAACCAGGCCGCGAUGGGAGAGAAGGCGGCUCAAGGCCCACACGUCAUUCCCGAAGCCGAGUAUGUCAACUGCAGCGACGACCCUAACAAACACAACACCACCACGAUCCCACCCCGUACGCCCACCAGAUCUAUCACGCAGCCGGCGAACAGGCAACAGCGGAGCACACCACAACCCAUAGGCACACCCUGGGGAUUUGUACAGCCGGUAAACUUACACCGCACACCGGCAAACGUCCUCCAAAACCAGCUGGCAGGCAGAAGUUGGCCGGCACUCUGGAGCGUCAGGGAAAGACAUGCUUACCAGGAUCAAGGUUACCAGGGUGACCACUCCCCUGUGGCUCUUCAGUUCGAAGAGAACCUCGCUACGCGGUCUUUGACGCCGAAGUCGUCAAGCACCAAGCGUAAGCGGACAGAGACAACGUCGUUCACGAACCAAACUCCUCAUCAGCUACCACUCACACCACCUGAUUCACCGCCGCCAUUCCGAUCGGUAUCCACCCCGAGCCGCAUGCCAAAGAUGCCGACUCGCUCUUUCGUCCGAGCGGACCAAUGUGGCAGACUACACGAGGGCUAUUAUCCACGGCGGAUAUGUAAGUUGUGA